CAAAAAAAGUUGUAAAUGACUGCAUUACAUGCCGCAAACUGAAAGGAAAAAUGUGCCAGCAGAUGAUGAGUGAUCUGCCGCCAGAGCGCUCCCAGCGUGCUAACCCAUUUGAGUAUACCACACUGGACCUCUUCGGCCCCUUCGAAAUUAAAGAUGCUGUCAAGAAAAGAACAGGGAAGAAGGUAUGGGGCAUAGUAUUCUGUUGCAUGGCAUCCAGGGCAGUGCAUGUGGACCUUGUGGACGACCAAUCAUCUGAAAGCUUCCUUCAGGCAUACUUCCGCUUCGUAUCAUUGAGAGGCCAUCCCAGAAAACUGUGGUCAGACAAGGGAACCAAUUUUAUUGGUGCUAAACCUGCCCUACAAGACUUGCACAGGUACUUGGCUACCUUACGGGAAGCAUCCAUUGAAGACCAGGCGGCCAAGCAUGGAACAGAGUGGGCAUGGAACUUUCAUCCAGCUGACGCACCACAUCGCAACGGGGCUGCGGAAGCUGCAGUUAAGCUCAUAAAGAAAGCUCUCACUAGCCUUGGAGGGACGACAAGCUCACUCACCUGGGGCGAACUCCAAACCCUCUUCUACCAGGCAGCUAACCUCACCAAUGAAAGGCCGAUUGACGCCAGGGCACAAGAGCAAGAGGACUCCAUAGAGUAUCUGACCCCCAACACUCUGCUCCUUGGAAGGACCAGUCAAGGAGGAGAUACAGGAGGAAUCGACUUGUGCACCCAUCCUUGGCGUCGCCUCAGAGCCAUCCAGAUUGGUGUGGAUAUGUUCUGGAAGAAGUGGAGUGAACUUGCCGGACCUAACCUCUUUGUUCGUCCAAAAUGGCACCAGUCACAAAGGAAUGUAGCGAUUGGUGACAUUGUUUGGAUCGCUGACCAAAAUGCACUCCGAGGCCAAUUCCGGCUUGGACGGAUCCUGGCUGUGUACCCCGACAAGAAAGGACUUGUGAGAGACGCAGACGUAAAGACCUGUGCAGGCCUCUCUGCCUCGUUGACUGCUGGGCAAGUCAAGAGGAACCCUCAGCAGCCAACAGCAGUCAUCCUACGGAGAGACGUAAGGAGAUUAGUAGUCCUCAUCCCUGUGGAAGACCAGUGACCCCUGGACAUCGUUAGCCAUCAGUUCUGACGUCACUGCCCCUUCUUUCUCUCUUUCUCUCUCUCUCUCCAGCUGUUUGGCACGUGUCUAUGCUGCCAUCGGCACCACUUGCACCAUUCAUGAAGAAUGAAGAAUACACACUCCAUAUGACCAAACCUGGCAGAACACUACACAUCUGUCAGGGGAGGUGUCCGAACAGUGACAAUGACUAUCCUUCAUGA